GAGAAAUUGCAGCAUUAAACUCUCCCCUUGGCAUGAGUAUACUCCGGCUUGCUUCAUUCGCUAACUCAGCUCACUCGUCGUUCUUUCUUUCAAAAUGAACCCUUCUUCGGCUCUUAUGCCAAAGGCUACGGCUAUUCCCGGGUGUAUACUGCGCACUUCACGACAAUGCUCAAAACAUAACCAGACAUCGGGAAUUCGAGCUUCGUCCUCAACACGCCAAUAUCAUGUUGCUGCCAUUGAAUCGCCUGCGAGGCGUCGGCGGGACAGCACCUUCAUGAAACGCUCAGACUUCAUCCAAGCUAGGAAUUUUCACGCUACGAAAGUACUUGCGGCAAUCCCUGACCCGUAUAAAGUCCUGGGGGUGGAUAAAGGAGCCUCCGCGGGCGACAUCAAAAAGGCUUAUUAUGGAAUGGCAAAGAAAUAUCAUCCCGAUACCAACAAGGAUCCCGGCGCCAAGGAGAAAUUCGCUGAGGCUCAGUCGGCUUAUGAACUUCUAUCGGACAAAAAGAAACGUGAGACCUACGAUCGAUUCGGCUCGGCUGCCUUUGAUCAGAAUGGCGGCUUUGACCCGAGCGCCGGCGCAGGAGGCAAUCCGUUCGCUGGCGGCGGAGGCUUCCACGGGUUUGGUGGAGGAUUUGGUGGAGGAUUCCCGGGCGGCUUUGCAGCAGAUAUCAACAUCGAAGAUCUUUUCGGCGCUUUCGCGGGUGGUGCUCGUCGUUCAGGUCGGGGUAGACGGGGUCCGUUCCAAGAGAUUCUAGUUGGCGAAGAUAUCGAAGUUCAAACCAAUAUCUCGUUCAUGGAAGCUGCCAAAGGUACUUCGCAAGACAUCGUUAUCACUCCAUUGAAGGAGUGCGGUACUUGCAAAGGUGACGGGUUGAAAGAGGGUGCAAAACGGACCCAAUGUCGUCAAUGCAAUGGUACUGGAACCCGAGUCCACUUGAUGCAGGGAGGCUUCCAGGUAGCUGCUACAUGUGAUGCUUGUGGAGGAGCUGGUCUUAUUGUUCCCCGGGGUUCGCACUGCGGCACCUGCAAGGGAGAUGGAGUGGUCCGCGAGCGGAAGACAGUUCGGGUUGAUAUUCCCGGUGGUGUAGAAGAUGGCAUGCGUCUGAGGAUAUCCGGUGAGGGUGAUGCUCCUCCUACGGGCACAGCAGCUGCACCUGGCACUCGGACGCAGCGUGGUGACCUCUAUGUGUCCAUUCGAGUGUCGCCUGACGAGCGGUUCAGUCGCUCCGGAUCCGACAUCCUCUAUACGGCAUCAAUUCCACUCACUACAGCGCUUCUUGGUGGUGAAGUUCUGGUUCCUACAUUGGAUGGCCAGGUCAAGGUCAAGGUUGCGACCGGAACUGGAACCGGUGACAGGAUCACACUUUCGGGAAUGGGCAUGAAGAAAUUAGGCGGCCGAUCCCGCGGCUUCAGUCCCAAUGGCGACCUGAAGGUCGAGUUCAAGGUUGCGAUGCCCAAGUAUCUGACGAGUAACCAGCGUACUAUUCUUGAGGUCCUCGCCGAUGAAAUGGGGGACAAGACUGCCAGACGAAUCAUGGACAUUCCAAGGGACGGCCUCAGUACGGCCCCGGCAGCUGAUGCGUCGUCCGGAAAUGAAUCCAAGAGCGAAGGAUUCCUCAAAUCCGCAUGGCACAAGCUUAUGAACCACAAGAAACCUGCCGGCUCGGAGAAUUCAAGUGAUAGUUCCAGCAAUAAGGAUUCCAAUUCCUCCGGCGACAGUAAGAAGAGCGAAUAA